AAGACUGCGCCUUCGCCCGUUGCGUCGAUCCGUUUCAAGUUCGUAUCAUCAAAGCCCAAGAGCGCUGAAAGAUGAUGAUGUACGAUCCCAUCACCACGAUGAUACUCUAGUCAACUUUGACUACUCGGAAUGUCGCACAUCUGUGCGCCGCCACUUGAUGGUCUAUUCCAAGGCUCAUGAUGCCUUCUCUUCCCCAACUCGGAAGUCUUAACUCCCGGUGCACUUUCCAAAGCUACGGCUAGCGCGACACUCAUCUUUCAUCUUAAUGAAAGGUAGAGCUUAGAACCGCCAUUCUCACGAUCCCGCCGCUUCCAUAUACUCACCGACGGCAGAGCCACUCUCAAGCUAUCAUGGCUGCCUCAAUCGUUCUUCGCCCACCCAUCACAUCCUCAGCCAAGGUGCCCGAGGGUCUCACUGCACCAUCUGUCGAGGAUCUGAAAGGAGUAUGGCACGUCACGCAUUCUACACUUCCCAUGUGGAAGAAGGCUCGUAAUAUCCGCAUCACAUACACGCCACAUCAAGCUGGCAAUGGCCCGGUCAAGAUUAACGAUAACGUCUCCUACCAAAGUCUUACUGCUGCAAAGAUUAAGAAUGUUGACGGUGUAGAUGUUGCACAAGACGGUGGUUGGAGCUACAAAUGGCGAGGCAAGGGUCUCCUCAUGAUUGCGAGCUCAAAGUGGGAGAUUAUGGCAUUUGGCAAAGAGCAUGGUUCCGAGAAUGAAUACGCCGUCACGUUCUUCAACAAGACACUCUUCACCCCUGCUGGAGUCGACUUUUACAGCAGAGCUCCCGAAGGCCUCAAGGCUGAGACUGUGGAGGCAAUGAAGGCCGCUCUUCUAAGCAUCGAGGACGAAACGAUCAAGAGCCUUGGUGGACAGAUAUUCGAGAUCAAGAUGGACGAUGCCAGGCAGCACGAGGUUGUCAAAGAUACGGAUACGACGAAGGCGAACUCUGUCGUCGCUUAGCAAGUCGUAUUUUCUCGCUCUCUAUACCCCGUGACUACGGCUGGACGGACGGGUCAUCAUUGUCCUCAUCAAGUCGGCUCGUCACUCUAUAAUAAUAAUUCUAAUAUUUUCAAACUUUCAUUUUAUGGUAUGAUUCAGAUACGAGCGCAGCGAAAUUUUGCCACUUGACUGUAUGACAUGGCGCCAGAUAGACAG